GGAAAAGACUGAGGAGAAGGCAAAUAGUGAGGAAAUGUGACAAUUCAACGGUCAUUUUCAUGGCGAAGGGAAAACUGGUGCGAAAGGAGUUAUUCUGGGACUCCUUUGAGCCUCGAAACGCUGGAUCAAAAUGCUCAUAGUGGAGAAGACCACAGACUUCCCCUCUGCUGAGUUCUCUCUGGUGGAGGAUGUGGCUCUGCACUUCACCUGUUUGAUGGACAGGCUGAACGAGCAGCGCCUCUUCCAGCCCGACCUGUGUGACGUCGACAUCGUUCUGGUGCGUCAGCACAGCACCUUCCCUGCUCACAAGGGCGUGCUGGCGGCCUACAGCCCUUUCUUCCACUCCCUUUUUGCCCAGAGCAAGCAGCUGCGGCAGGUGGACCUGUCCCUGGAUGCUCUGACAUCACAGGGCCUGCAGCAGAUCCUCAACUUCAUCUACACCUCCAAACUGCUGGUGAGCAGCCGCACGGUCCGUGACGUGCUGAACGCUGCAACCCUGCUUCAGAUGAGUGACAUUGCUGCCUCCUGCCGUGACCUCAUCAGCAGCCACUCACUGAGGGCCACCUGUGCUGACAUGGCAAGUUCAGAGGGGCUCAGUGGCGGUGACCCAGUGAGGCCCCCCAGCCAGCUGUACUCAGAGAUCAAACAGGAGUCAGAGAUGGGGAGGGUGUACAAGAGGGACGGCAGCAGCCCGUUUUCUGUGAGGGUGGAGGAGUCAGCGAAGUCGGCCUCCCAGCAGAAGCAGUAUUACCAGAAAGAAGAAGGGUUAGGGAGCGGAGCUAGCUCAGGCGUGGCUUCUUUGUGCAAAGUGGAGAGCAAUGGAGAGGAGUCAAAGUCAGCAGAUGGACGCACUUCUUUCAACAGAGACCAGAUCAUUGUAGAAGUCAACCUAAACAAUCAGACCCUCAAUGUGUCAAAGGGAUCAGAGGGAAAAUCAGCAACCACCACUGAGACAGCCACCAUCUUUGGUCACUGCCACAACACUGAGAGAGAUUCAGAGGAUGAUGAUGAGAACGAGGCGGAGAAUGAUGACACAGUUGGGGAAGAGGAAGAUGAUGACCUGAAGAGGAGGGAACUGCUUGGGCAGAGCAGUGAAGAGGAUGAGGAGGAAGAUGAGGAAGAGGAGGAGAACACUUUAAACAUUCCAGGGUUGGAGCAGGUGGCCAUGUUGGAUCGACCUCGCCGGGGCGCCAGAGCCUUCGCCAUAGCAGGCACAACGGCAUCCAUGAGGCAGACGCUUACAGAAGCCACAUUAGCUAACCAGCGACCGGGUGGGAAGAGGACGCUGGACGCGGAGGGGCUUGGUCAAAAAGUGAGGCUGGAGGAGAAACAGCAUUUCCCAUGUAAGAAAUGCCCCCGUGUGUUUAACAACCGCUGGUACCUGGAGAAGCACAUGAACGUCACUCACAACCGUAUGCAGAUCUGUAAUAACUGUGGGAAACGCUUCCUGCUGGAGAGUGAGCUGCUGCUGCACCAACAGACAGACUGUGAGAAAAGCAUCCAGUGUGUUACGUGUGGGAAAGCCUUCAAAAAGCUGUGGUCCUUACAUGAGCACAACAAGAUCGUCCAUGGCUACGCCGAGAAGAAAUUCUCCUGCGAGAUCUGUGAGAAGAAGUUUUACACCAUGGCUCAUGUCAGGAAGCACAUGGUCGCCCAUACAAAGGACAUGCCAUUCACCUGUGAGACAUGUGGGAAGUCGUUCAAGCGCAGCAUGUCCCUGAAGGUUCACUCUUUGCAGCACUCAGGAGAGAAACCCUUCAAGUGUGAGAACUGCAGCGAGCGCUUCCAGUACAAAUACCAGCUGCGGUCCCACAUGAGCAUCCACAUCGGACACAAGCAGUUCAUGUGUCAGUGGUGUGGAAAGGACUUCAACAUGAAACAGUACUUUGAUGAACAUAUGAAGACGCACACUGGAGAGAAACCGUACAUCUGUGAGAUCUGUGGUAAGAGCUUCACCAGCCGGCCCAACAUGAAGCGCCACCGGCGCACCCACACCGGAGAGAAACCGUACCCCUGCGAGGUGUGCGGCCAGCGCUUCCGCUUCUCCAACAUGCUCAAGGCCCACAGGGAGAAAUGCUUCCGCGUCAGCAACCCCAUGGUUACUGACAGCAACAACCCCCUCAGCCUUGACCAUCCUCUGGGCUCGCCCACUGUGGACUCAUCCGGCCAGGUGCAGCUUGGGACGGCACUUCCUGCAACAUCUGUGACGACGCCCGCUACUGCCUCCAACCCGCACCCCCUCCACGGCACCCAGCUGUCUCUCCCCCUGCUGCACUCCAUGGGGGGGCUGCCUCCGACCCCUCAUUUACCCCCACCACCUCCCCUGUUCUCUGCCGGUAGGAUGAACUCCAACAACUAACAAGUCUCUGUAGCAUCUGAAGCACUUUUGUUAGGUUAUUUUUCUUAGAGCUUUUAAGAGGACUCCUUCAGCAGGAGGCUGAUGCACCCCAGUGACAUUUGUGCUGAGGGGAAACACUGACUGAAGGCUUCAUGGAGGCCUCUUACCAACCAAUAUACACCUUCCACAGUAUGAAAUAGCGAUUUUUUUACUCUGUUAAAUACAAUAGAAAACCUCAGAGUCCUGUUGGACAUGUUGUUACCAUGCUUUUCAUUGAUUUCACAACUCAGUUCCGGUUUCUUUGUUACCUACCACCACACACAUCUCUCCAGAGCCUUGCACAAUGCGUUGAUUGUAGCAUCUUUUACAAAGUUGGAGGAAGAGUUUCCUAAAUUCAGUGGUCAUCUGUAGAGUGGGAACCUUGAUAUGAUGGGAAAAUUGUUUUAUUUGGAUAGUUCUCUGCCAAGAUGUAGCCAGUGGUUCUGGUAUGACCCAGCAAUAACCAAAUGCUGAUUUGUCUUUGAGCAUAUACAUGUAUAUGGCAUUGCCAAUAACCAAAUCCUGUUAGCUCACCUGCUAUAGUUAGAAAAUGUUAUACAGCAUUUAUAAUCGGUCCUGCACCUUACAUUUAACUCUAGUGAUAUUUAAAAUGUACUCCUACUUGUCUUCAUUUUUUAUAAUCGUGAUAUUGUGUAAUUUCGUGGCACGUCAUGUCAAUUUGUAAGGAAAUAAGAGAAGUUGAGGCACGUGGAGAGUCAGCUGUGCAAUUCAGUUUGUGGUGUUAGUCUCGGUCUGUGUGUAUGUGUAUGUGAGUAUGAGAUAAAGCUGAGAUGGUAAAUGAGGAUCUUCAGAUUGUGUGAGUUUGAGUUUCCAGAGUCAGGAGAUGGAGUUAAGUGUUGACCCUCUUUUUUUUUGCUUACAUUAAGCAAGUGUGCUCCAUUCCUGUAGAGAAAAUACCGCACUUUUCUGUGACUAAUGUACUCUCGUUAAUUUAAUGUACUCAAACCUACAAUGUAUAUGUAGGCUAAAAACCUGAUCUUAAUGUUAACUUACUACUCAUUUCCCCACUGAACUUGUUCAGUGAUUUCAGAUGACAGAAUUAAAAGAGUAACAAGAGGAUAAUAAUAAGAAAAAACUGUUUACUAUUACAUUAAAUGUGCACAUUUCAUCAUUAAAUAUGAUAAUAUUAUACUCCAAUGCCUAAAACUCAAAGAGCACUGUCAGUGAAUUUUGGCACAACAGAGCACAUGACUAAAAGGGCUCUGAAAUGAGACAAUGUCUUAUUAAAGUGUUUUUUAUUAAGGAAAUCAAAGUAAGACACUUACAAUAAUACAGCUUUAAAUUAUGUGUCCCCAUGUGCACUUUUGACACUUGUUGUCAUGAACCUACUAGAGUAGAAAGAAGAGAACAUAAAACAUUUGUCCUUGAAAAGUUCUUCCUCUGAAAAAAUGCUUUUACAUUUUGGGAAAUAUGUGUAUUAGGAUUUUUUUGCAAGGAUUACAUGAGAAGAAUGAUAAUAAUGUGUCAAAACAAAGCUUGCAAGCUGUCAGUUAGCUUAGAACUGAGGGAAAUAGCUAGCUUGACUAAAAAAAAACAAAAAAAAGAUCUGUCCACCUUUGCUGGCUAAACAUGGAUACUCUUGCUAUUUCAUUCUGUACAAUGACAAAAGCAACAGGGGCCUAUGGGAUGCCACAUCUGUCAGGAUGGGAGUGACAUAAUUUAUGGUUAUAGCCUAAUGUAUUUUCUGUUUUAGAAGGUUUUUCUUUUAUUUAACUUUAUUCAUAGACAAAGUCUAGCAAUAACAUUCACAAAUAAGGUCUCAUCUGGUAUAUUUUAAAUAAUGGGUCUUUAACAUACUCUAAAUUAUGUAUAGACCCAUUUUAAAAGAAGUUACACGAACAGUAGUUAGCUUGAGCUAAAGCUAAAGUAGCUACAUUGGCUUAUUUACUAUGUAAGCCUAAGCAGCUACAUUAGCUUUAGCUUUACUAACAUAAGCUUUAGCAAACUGGGUUGAUGAUGAUGUAAACAAGGUAGCUAGGUAGGGGAAGUAGAUAUGUAGUUAACAUAGCUAUGUUGGCUUUAGAAAAUGUAGCAUAAACAAAUGUAGCUAGACUAGUGUUGUUAGCUUUAGCUAUGGAGCCAUUUUAGUCAAAUAAAUUAUUGGUUAAUAAGAUUUCUACAACUCUAAAAUGUGUGCAGUCUUCAGCUUUGUUAGCUAUGUAGCUUACAAAGCUAAUGUUGCUUCAUUAGCUUUAGCUUUAGGUUUGUGUGAAGGACAAGCUUUUUUCCCUGCAAGCAGACUGUUUUUUCAGCUAAUAAACAUUUUAUAUUUAGGUUUUGCAGGUCAGGUUUUUGACUUUUAACUUUUGUGUCUCCUAACCCUUACCUUAAACCUUAUCAUAAUGCUAACUGGAAGUUUAAUCCAGUUUCAUUAUGAAAGUUUUAUCCUGACAGUUACGCGUCUUAUAGCAGUAUUCUUCAGAAGAAGGGGCAUCUGAGAGCAGUGGCCUGCAGCCAAAUUGUCUUCAAAAAAGCUGAAAAACUGAUUAUUAUUAUUAUUAGUUAGUUAGUUAGUAAGCUGGAGGCUGUAAAAGGGAAGCAGAAAGCAUGGCUCCAUUGAAAGCUCAUUUACUUCUUUAACGCCCAAUAACUUACACAUUUCAUCUUCCUAAGGCUAUUUACAUGUAAUAUGAAUGGAAAAAAAACAUAUAUCCAGCUUUUAGCUUAAUAAGAGAUUUAAAAUUGUAGAAACACUAGCUUAGUCAGCUAAAGGCUGCAAACAGUGUAGCAGCUAACUUGACUCUGUUAAACGGUCACUUGCUUCUAAUUUUGCUUCUUAAUGACUUUGUCUUAUGAGAGGUAAGACUGAGAAAAAAGGAAAAUGUACGCAACUCUACAGCUUACUAAACCUUGUGACUCUGGUUAGUUUAACCUGUACAGUAACCAAAGUUUAGAAACUGUGGAAACACUAGCUUAGUCAGCACUGUAAACAGUGCCGCAGCUAGUUUGACUGUUGAAAUGUUACAUCUUACAUCUUGUUUCUCCUUGUUUACAUACUUGUCUUUCUUAGAUGUAAAACUACUCACGUUUUUUCUUUUUAAAACAGAACAUUUCCCUAACUUUGAAGCUUAUUUUUUGUGACUCUUGUAAGUUUAACUUGUACAUCAACCAAAGCUUAGAAACUGUCCUAGCUUAGUAAGCUAAAGGCUAUGAAUAGGGAAGCAGCUAGCUUGGCUUUGUUAAGUCGCUCCUCUUCCUGUAAGUUUAAAUUUAUUGAAACAGAGGCUAAAUAUAUUAUUGUUUUAAAAUGACAUUAAACUUCAAUUUUUGAACAGCUUACACUAACAUGUAUUUUAAUAAGUUAUCAAGACACAGGCAGUCAGAUAGCAUUUUCCAGGCUAAUCAUUGCCCUCUUGUUUGAAUAAUUCAUAUUUAGCUAGGUUAACCAGAAGCUAGCUUAGCUUACACCAAAUUUAAGACUGGGAUCAGUUUUCUCAUGUAAUUCUCUUUAAAAAAAAUCUAAAACACAUUAACAAAAUGUCAGAGUAUUCCUUGAAAUCCCUUAGUUCAAUCAAUUACUAAUCCAAAAAGAGUCUCUGUGCACUAUUGAUGCACUCCUGCUCACUUUAGCCUAUAGAUAGCUCAUUUGUAGAGUAGCAUUAGCCUGUAAAUAUUGUUGAGAUGUGUUUCUUCCUUGUAAUUUUAUUCCUCAUGUUUACAUUUGGAGAGUCAGUUGAAUGUUGCCCCCAUAUGUGUCUUGGCUGGUACUGCAGAAAGUUGGAAUUUGCAGAUAAGCUUUUGUAAAUGUGAUAAGCUGUUCAUUGUUUUAUUUAAAAGACAGAUUUAAGCACCUUUUAGAGUAGUCUUACACCUGAGUUCACCCAAGUUCAGUGUAUUCGUAAACUGCCAUGAAUAAAUAGUAAGGGCCACAUUAGAUUUCGUUUGAUAUUGGUACUAAUUUCUUUUUCUGUAUGUGUCUAACACGUUUGUGUUUCUUUUUUGCUGCUUUUGUACAGGGUCCAGUUUGAGACUGCCCUUUAAAUGAAAAGUCCAGAUCUUUUAAAUCGUGGGUAAAGUCAUGCCUUUAUAGAUUUAAUAUCCUGCUCUGUCUGAGGUUUCCUCCAGCUUCAGAAACGAGAGACGAUUUAGACAUUUUGAGCAGUUGUAUACCCAUCUAAGGUUUGAUCUCAUCACUGAUAGAUGAUUGUUGACAAAGGACUUAAGGCAGCCUGUCAAUGUCACGAAACGCAAGGACUGUUGCUCUCUUGUGGCACCUUAGUGAACUGCACUAUCUAAGAGGUCUUAAAUAAAGCUUCAUUUGAAUAUUAUCAUAUUCUAGGCUAAAAACAUAAUUAAUAUAUUCUCCCAAUGUACUGUUAAGAGAAGCACUAGCCCAAGAGACAUUACUGAGAUACUGUGGAUAUAGUUUGUGUGUUUGCCUUAUGCUUGGAGAAGAUUGAAUGUCUUGUGUUUGGUGUGAUGGUAAAGGAGGAAAGAUAGUAGUCAAUACUACUGAUUUAUGCACUUUGAAUUCAAUUGCCACACUAUAGCCCAUAAUGGGGAACAUAUAUAUAAAGAUAAAAGGUAAAAAAGCAGUAGAGAUGUACUGAAAUUUUCCAAAAGUUUUUAGGAAAUAUUUCCAGAGAAACCUAAACCCAAAUGCAUACAUUUGAUGUUUUAAAUGUAUGCUCAUAUUUGAUGUGAAGUCAGUGUAUUUAUGUUAUUGAUCAGGUUUGAUCAGACAGGCAGAUGUAGAAGAGGCAAUGCGCCUGAACUCUCUUGCUGUCUGCCUUUUUUGCACAGUGCAGAAAAAAAAACUCUCAGCUAUGGCGGUUUCUGACUGGUUUCUUUUUUGAUCCCCAUUAAAGAAAUUAGUUUUAGAUCAUAUGAAGAUCUCAUAUAUUUCAUGCCACAAAAAAUCAAAUUGCCAAAAUGAGAAAAUGAAAGAUACUGAUAAUAGUGAGCACUUUAUACUGUAGUUCAGCUGGCACAGAAUGAAAGCUGAAAGGGUUGUUUGAAUUUAAAUCUUCUGAAGAUGUGUAGGCUAUGUUUGUUUUGCUUAUUAAUAUAUUUCCAAUAAAUGGGGUGAUUGGAAAUCACAGAAAUGUAAUCUCUGCCAGAAAUGAGUCCUUGGCAGGCAUCUUCAAUAGCUGUCUGUCAAAACUUGGCCGUGGAUGAAGCUGAUCAGAAUCAGCAAAAUAAAAUGAUUGAACCUGUGAUAUGUGGGCUUCCAAACCAGUGCAGUAAUAAUACAUCGAUAUCAUAUUUGUUAUUUUGGACAAAAUGUAUAUUAAAAUCAAAAUCAAAUAAAAUAUAAUAAUGUUAAAAUACACAGGAUGUGUGGCAUUUGGAUGAAUGGAACUGUAAGUGGUUUGGCCUAAAAGUCGAAAUCCACCCAAGAAGGUAGAAUCAAAAUAUAAUUGUUUUUGAUUAUCUAGAAGAAGUCCAUCUUUAUGGAGCUACAGUCUGGGAAAAUCCUCUGUGGCAUAAUCAAAAUGCUGUUAUGCCAUAUCAUAUCCCAGACAGACAUUUUUGAGCUCUGACAACUCUCCAGAAGGAAAUAACAAGUCAUUUUAAGGACCUUACUGUGAAGAUACAGCAUUACAUGGCAGUAGAGAAGAGAUCCUAAAAACUGAAAAGGGAAAUUUUGCAGUUUUCAGAGCUUCUAUUCUAGUCAAGUAGUGUUUUUCAAAUGUCCUUCAUUUAGCCAAAUUCUCCUCUGUCAAGGCUAGCAGCCAAAGGCUCGAGUUAGAUCAGGCAAAGGUGGACCUGCCCUUGUCCUUAAACCAGAGUUUGUCAGUGAUUAAGUGAGUGCCAAGGCACUGCAAUGACUGUGCAUUCUGUAUUGACCCUAAGGCAAAUGUUUGUCAUAUAACCGAGCAUUAAGCAUGGCAGUUUGUACAAAUCAGUCUGCUCUUGGGAUUUGACAAGUCUGGACUUUGUUGGGAAUUGUAGUUUUGGGCGCAGCUGUUUGAGCCAAAGUUUGCAUCCAAAAGGAUUUGAGUGAGGGGCCUUCAGCUUCAAGAAAAGUGCUGGGAAUAUGGUGAUGUUGUCACUGAAGUUUCAGAGGACAGAAAGCUUCGUAUGUGGGUAAGAAAUCAAAGAAAUGUGUUAUUAUUUUGAGGAAGGAAAGUCUGUGUUUUGAGAAUAGGUGUACAUUUUUCCUCUGUUUUAAUCUAACAUUUAGGGAACUAAAAUCCAAUAAAGGUCACCAGAAGAGUCAAAAGUCUAACUGAUUCAACAGUUGAGAACAAAAUGUAAAGAUAUGAUUAGGAAAUAAAGCAGCUAGCUUUUAAAAGACAGAAUGCUGUAAUUCUCUUGUUCUAGGUUUUCUUUUUGAAAGUCUUCCAAAAUAUUAAACUGAUUAUAUUUUAGUUAUGAUCUUGAAACUUUAAAACCAGAUAUUUCAAGAUGCAUUUGGUGCGAAAGGUCUUUUUUGUUAAAUCAUUUUGUUAUUUGACUAAUAAUCAAAGUUGAGUGCAAAACUGAACAUCAAAGUGGGGGUUAACUGAUAUUGGUAUUUCAGGGCCAAUACAGAUAUUGAUUAUUAGUAGUUCUUGAGACCAAUUACUGAUAUUUGGCACUGAUAUGCAUUUAUUAUGGUGUACAAAAUGUACUUACUGUGGCAAAAUUAAAUUUGCAUUCUCAAAAAAAUGAAGGAAAAUUAACAAUUUAGCUCAAAGUCUAUCAGCAUGAGAAACAGCACCGAGCAACACUAUAGCAGCGGGGAAACAGGAAGUGAUUCCAUACUUCUCACUGUGUCAGUGGCACCCAGGCACAAGUGAUGAUUGGCUGGUACUCAUGCAGCAUCUAGCCAAUCAGAUUGGGUUGUAUGCAGGACAUUUGAUGAGACUAUGGACAGUGAUAAUAAAGCCAGGGCUGAAGACACUUCCUGCAGAGGAGCACUUUUUGAUUAACUAAUUUUAAUGAUUAUCACAAAAAAAUGCCAUUAUCAAUACUCAGGCAAAUUCCAAAUAUUGGCCCUUUUUAAUUGGCUAAGCCAAUAAUCAGUCAACCCCUAUUACAAAGUCUGAAAUACCAUUGUUGUGGAACUUAAAGAUGUCUAGCGUAGCAAGUGCUCAUUGGCUUCAGCUAGCUUGCUUUGUUGUCUUUAGCAUGCUAACAUGCAGCUGCUGCAACAGUUUAGCCCACAGUGUUAAGAAAACAGAAAGAAGUAAAGUGGUUGGAAAAUUAGCAUUAGCUAGGUAUGUAGCUGUCUGGGGGGGGGCUUAUUGUGUUUAGCCAUUGGUGUUUUUGGUUAAGCUUGCCAGCAAAGCAGCUCUCUUAACCAGACACAGAAAAAGAAAUAGGAAAACUGAAAUUAUAGUGAAAAAAAAACAAUAAAUAUAAUUCCUAAAAAUUCAACUCAGAUAUCACCUGGUGGGUUGUAAAAUAAAACAAUAACAUUUUACUGUGUUUUUUCAUACACCAAUCAUUUUUACACACAGCAUUAGUCUAGUAGUUGAAAUUUUCAGGUAUAUUUUUGACUCUUUUGAAAUUUUCUGGCCUUUGUAGUGCUAAACUUCAAAAUUAAAAAGUCAAGCCCUGUUGGUUUCUUUGUAUUUAAUUGUCUUUUUUUUUCAACUAUUAAAUUGUGGCUUUUUUCUUAUUGGAGGAAAUAAGGCCUACAAUAUGUGAUGAUAUUCAUAAUCAACAAUGCCAUUUUCAAUUCUAAAACGUGUUAUCCAUCUACCCACUACAUCUCCCAUACUUACUCAUACUGCAGUUAUGUUAAAGAAAUCAUAAUGUGUACUGUUAUUUGCUGAUUCUCUAUAAUGUAAACACUAUGUCUUAGUUAACUCUGGUGUACAAAGACCAUGUGUAGGCAGUAGUUGUCAAGUUCAGCUAUAUUAAAAUACUUAAAAGCGUACAAAGACAAUAGUGUCUAGAGGUGCUAAUAACAUUAGACUGUAUUUUCUGUCUUUUAUUGUAUUAUUGACUAGUGUUUACUGUCUGUAACACAUCAGAGCGUAAUGAAAUCAUUUCAAUAUUAAACAGUAUAGAUAUAUUAUUGCAAACA